AUGGCCCGGUCUGAAGGGACCUCGGAAGGUCCGGCGUAUUUGCAGCGGCGGCCCCCUCCAAUCUUGAGGACAUCAUCCGUAAACGGUGGUCAUGUGAGGAGUAGGGCCUUUAAAAAGCCUGCUUCGCAGGCAUUGAUGGACCGGCUGCUGCCGGAAAAGAGCAUCUCCGCCCUCCACUCUCGACAACAGGACCUCUACUGCACCGCCGCCCCCAAAAGAAAGAAGCAGCGCCAGCGCAGAAGGAGCAGCCCAAGGCCACGAAGGCAGGCAAAGGGAAAAGGGGAGAAGGGAAUAAGAAGUCCCCUUCGGCCCCUACCUCACAGGCGGGAGCCCAGCGCUGCUCCAGCGCCCGCCCAAGCUCCUGUAAGGGAAGAUGCCCUGCUGCCUUCUACCACACCCUCCAACGAGCCAUGGAAGAAGGUGGUUGGCAAGAAGCACGAAAGGGGAAAAAAAGCCAGCGGAAGCUGUUUACACGUGGGGAGACGUACGAGUCCGUGCUGCGACGGGCUCGUGCCAAAUAUCGACCCCGUGCAACCGGAGGUGAAACCCGAUCUCGACGAUUCGGUCACCCAAGAGGAGGUCGUGGGGCAGCAGUCGCGGCGUUGGGGAGCUGCGACAUCGCAGCCAAUUACAAGGCCGCGCCAUAAGACCUGGCCGUGGGGGCAUGGGCAGCUUUGCGAGCUGGAGUGCCACAGGUCGUGGCUGCACAGGCCAUCCUGGCGAAGUGACGCCUCCCCGGUUGGUUUCAGCUCUGCGGUUGGCGGGGCUCUUGAGGACGAGCCGAUGCGAUGA